AUGCGUUGUCGAGUGGAUCCUGGUGAAAAUGUUGGCCUGUUGGCAGCCCAGUCGAUUGGUGAACCGUCCACACAGAUGACCCUCAACACUUUUCAUUUUGCUGGACGUGGUGAAAUGAACGUAACAUUGGGUAUUCCACGUUUACGAGAAAUUUUGAUGACAGAAAGUAGCCAUAUAAAAACACCCAGUGCAGAGAUUCGUAUUAAACCCGGUACAUCGCCGGAACGUAUAGAAAGCAUCAAACGUGAUCUGAGCCGCAUUUAUUUGAAAGAACUGAUCAAAAAAUUCACAGUUGAUGAGCGCCUUAAUCUUACCGAAUCGUGCGGUAGGUUUGAGCCUACAGGAAUCACCCGUAAUGGUUCUAAUUUUUCAGCAGUUCCUGCUUCACCGUUUACAAUGAUAUUUGCAGGGACAGCUGGAGAUGUUAUGAUCUUACGAUUGAGCUUCUACGAGCCAAGGAAAGGAUCGAAAGUGCGCGCCACAUUUCACGCCGCCUUAUUUUGA